ACUGUUUGCAUGUAUAUAGCUACUUUCCCGUCAUGCUGUACGGGCUGCUGGGACACGAUAGCUCGGACGAGGCACCGACGAUAGGAGUUUCCCAUGUCGUAGAGCCGUAGCGCGCACCACGCCCGUGCUGCACCGCAACUGUGCAGGAGUCAUUGCAAUAUCUAGCAUCUCGUGUGGCACCAGCGUGCAGCACGGAGAAUGGGUGCCUCGACAGAACACAAGCCUGCACACAAAACUCAAAGACAGCGACUGAAGCCUGAUGCAUGCCCUACAAUUCCUGCCCAAGAUGUAGAGAACCAAGAACAGCAGCAGUGGGACCAAGCUAUUGUCACGCUGUCGCCACUUCACACGGAAACAACUGUUACAUCGCAAGCAGCUGGCUUUGAAUUCCCUCAAAUAGUCCCAGAAGGGCACAUAGAGGACGUAGAAGUGGAAGAGCACAAAAGUACUCCCAGAACGCCUGCACCGCUUAUGACAAGCUCAACACCAGAGACUAUGGGACAUAUGUGAAUACAGCUCGAGGACAAGGCAACUCCAUCAGGGUCGGGAACGACGCCAAGUGGUCAAAUCACCUGGUACACCCUCGACCGCUUCAACCAAGAGCAGACGUCUUGGCUACAUGAGCGCAACCACACCGGAAGCAAAGUCAGAAAAAGACACCAGGCAGUGUGCGCAGGAAAAUUCUACAAGAUCAUUCACACGGCUCGAAAGCAACACCCGGUUCAAAAUUAAACACAGUCUACCAGCACCUGGGCAAAGUAAGGCGAAGACUUUAUUCCACCAAGCAAGUUAUUCGAAGGAGAGAGAAGAAAAUUCAAACUCUGAACCAGCUGAUCGAGGACAUGAAGGAAACGAAACUAAUAUCUCAAGAGGCCGAAAUACAGCUAGAGUCAUUUGGUGAGCAGCCAGAUGAAAUUCUAAAGGAGUGGAAUAAAAACUACAAGAGGGUGCCAUCUGGACGGCGUUACAGUGAGAACUUCAGGAAAUUUGCCACAACGCUUCACUAUUAUUCCCCACGUGCGUAUAAGUACCUCUCAACAAAGUUCCCAAUGCCGACACCAGCUACCAUAAGAAACUGGCUCCAGGUUGUUGAUGCGUGGCCAUGAUUCACCAUUGAGUCUUUGCAACACCUGAAGGAAAAGUACAGCGGUGCCGCAGAGGAGGAACGGCUGUGUUCAAUAAUGCUGGACGGCAUGAGUAUUAGGAAGAAAUGCGAAUUUGAUCAAAAGUCAGGCCGACUGAUUGGGUACGUAAACUUUGGCCAACCCCAAACACCCGAAGACUCUGAUGACGUCUCACUCGCAACGGAUUCCUUGGUAUUCAUGGCCGUUUGUGUCGUAGCCCGCAGGAAACAGCCCAUAGGAUAUUUUCUGAAUAAUGGUUGCUCCGGAGAAGUCCUUCAAGGGAUCGUCACAGAUGCUGUUAAAGUCCUGGAAGAAUGCAACAUGCAUGUAGUCGCAGUUGUGUGCAAUGGCUUGUCGUCAGAACACUACAACCAUUCACAAAUGCGUGAAGCACAAACAUAUUUGCUUUCACUACGGUCAUAACUUCAAAGGUGCUUGGCUUGGAUAACAUUGGCUAUUUUCGGGAAAUAGCUCGUUUUGCGCACAAUAUACCCAGAUUGCUCUUGCUUUGCGAUAAAUUUGGGGGACGGAUUUCUCCAUGCUGGCAACAGAGUUCCACAUAAGGGCGGCUUCCGUCGUUUGACGCGGGGAAUAGGCUGAAAUGCAUGGGAAUAUGGCGGCUUUGACCCAUCUGCCGCCAUCUUUCCAACCCGGAACCGGCAGUGCGAGUAGCAAGAAGACAAAGUGAAAGCAAGCCACUGCGCCUGCGCCAACCCUCCUCGAAGUGUGUAAUCAUGUUCGCGAACGGGAGACACGUGUCUGCGUUGUUGGUCUCUGUCGCCGAGACUCGCUUUGUCCGCACCUGAGAACGAUCACAAUCGCUGCCUAAUCACGAUUGCACGCGAUGUGAUGGAUCCUGUAUCAGUGCCUUUUGGGUAUAAGACGCAACUGACGCAGGAUCCACAUGGCGCGCAAUCGUGAUGAUGCAGAAAUUGCGAUCGUCCUCAGGUGCGGACAAAGCGGUCUCGGCGACAGAGAUCAACGACGCAGACACUUGUCCCUCGUUCGCGAACAUGAGUACACACUUCAAGGAGGGUUGGCACAGGCGCAGUGGCUUCCUUUCACUUCUUCGUCUUCUCUGUACUCGCACUGCCGGUUCCCGGCUAGCACGAAGGUGGUGAUGGCAGUGGCCCGAACGAAGAAAACAACAUUGACAAACGCAGAGACAGCUGAAAUAGCAUUUGCAUUAGUGUGAAUAUAUUUCAAGUA